AUGAAAGACAUUAUAUUAACCAUAAUCGCUUUACUCACCGGCGGUCACAUUCAGCGGCUUCAUUCUACUGGGGAGAUUCGAAUUUUGCUUAAAUGGCAGAACUGUAUUGUCUCCAUCAUGAUUGUAGUUAUCAGUACUUAUUUGAUAAUAAGCAAUAUCUCAACAUUUUUUAGAUGGCACAAUAGAACCAAAGAUUCCUAUAAUGAAGAGAACAUUUUUUUACCUUUCACUUCCCGUAAAGUGCCUACAAAAUGGAAAAAGUACAUCAAGACUUAUACACCAUCAGCUACACUCGCUUCACCUUUCUCUUCGAGCUAUUGGACACAACAGCAUACUCCUCAAUUAUAUUAUCCUCGUUAUUGUCCAUAUGUCUUCAAGCCGCAUUAUUCGCAAAAAUCCUGUGCCAAACCUAUUCCUUCUUUCAUUUUCGCAGGAAGUGAAUUCUCUGGCUCAGAUAUAGUAUUCGAUCUUUUAAGAAAUUAUCAUCCUCAAAUAUCCACGAGAUCAGUUGACAACAGUUUCUCGCGUAAACAGCAGCAACAACAACAACAACAACAACAGCACUACAACAGCAGUAUCAAUAAAAGCAGCAAUAAAAACACGUACCGCAGUAGCAAUCGUGGGCUAUUUAUUAAUGAAAACAAUGACGAUAAUAUCUUCACUGAAGCCAAUGACUUUGAUUUGUACAUGUCACAAUUUCCGUUUCUACAGCAGUUGUCGACUGCAGCAACAGUAUUUGAUCACGAGGAAGAAGAAGAAAUCGGAGAGGUUAAAGAGUCAACAAAGACCGAAACAGGCGAUAAUGUAGGCAAAACGCCAAGAGAAGUUAAAACCACUGAUGGCGGAAAUGAUGAAGAAAAGAAACUUAUCGGGGAACAUGCGCCGCAAUAUCUAUACCACAGUUACUUGACUGCUAAAAGAAUUAAAGAUACUCUACCCCACAUUAAGCUUGUCUUCAUUUUGCGCGACCCAAUAUCACGAGCAUAUGAGCAAUAUCUAUUCGAUAAAAGGACCAUGGAAGAUAAUGGUCAUACUACCCUACUAAAAUCACUAGCUUUUGAAAACUUGAUCGAUUUAGAAAUACCUAUUUUACGACGAUGUGGCCACACUAGUACACAAACGGGUUGGGAAGGAUUUGUACGUUGCCAUCAAGGAAGUGAAAUUAGAGCCUCGUGGAAAGUACUUGCGGCUUCCUCUUCAACAACGCUCAGUAAUAACAACGAGAAUAAUAACAAUAAUGGCGACACUUAUGCUUUUAAUAUGUUGGCAAAAGGAAUGUAUUACCCUUCUUUGAUCCCCUUUUUGCAACAUUUCCCAUCAUCUCAGCUUUUCAUCAUGACAAUAGAAGACAUUGCUCAACAACCUAUGCUGUCGUUACAGAAACUAGCAAAUUUCUUAAACAUCGACUUUAGUCAUUUUCUGAAGCAUGAACAUACUAUCCGGUCACAAUUGCAACUUUAUUUAUUGCAGCAGCAAGAAAAAGAACUAGAAGGCUUGAGUUUAUCGACCAGAUACAGAUUGCAAAAGUUUCUCAAAUAA